AUGAGGGCCGUGAUGCUGGCUGCAAUCCUGGCUGUGGCGGUGGUGCCCACGGCCUGGGCCAUGAGGCUGGGAAGGCUGGACCCUAAACAGCUUCUCGGGCCCUGGUACGUGCUCGCCGUGGCUUCUCGGGAAAAGGGCUUCGUGGCGGAGAAGGCCACCAAGAACGUGCAGGGGGUCGUGGUGACGCUCACUCCAGAAAACAAUCUGAAGGUGCUUUCCUCUCGGAACAGGCUGGAGGGCUGCAGUCUGACUGCUGUGGAGCUGCUGAAACAAAACUCCAGAUGGGUCUUCGAGAAUCCCUCCCUGGGCGUGCUGGAGUACCGCGUGCUGGGCACCAACUUCAAAGACUACACCAUCGUCUUCACCCAGCUGGAGUUUGGGGACGAGUCCUUCAACACCGUGGAGCUGUACAGCCGGACGCACGUGGCCAGCCAGGAGGCCAUGCGUCUCUUCUCCAGGUGGAGCAAGAACCUGGGCUACCUCUCCCAGGAGCAGGCCAAGCUGCAGAAGGACCUCACCUGUGCACACAGGAUCCUCCAGGUAAGCCGCCUUCAAGGGCCUCACCUCCUCUGCAGGAGCCAGGCAGAGCCCCAGGAAGCCCCUUCCUCCCCGAUGGGCAGCAGCUCCCCGUCCCACCUGCAUGGGGCUGGUGGCUCAGCUGCUGACAAAGCCAGCGUGGGGCUGAGGGUCUGGGGAGUCCGGGGCAGAGCCCCCUCCGGGCUCAGGGACAGCACCGAGCUCUUCACACUCAUUUUGGUUUUCAGUGAAUGCCCUGGCCCCGAGGGGGUCAGUACCCGCAGUGUGGUGGCCGCUCUGGCUGGGAGCCGCCCUCUUCCCUCGGCCGGCUGGGAGCUGGGCCCGCUGCUCCCGAGGGCCGCUCGGCCUGUCUCAGCUCCUGGAGGGUGGGAUCCUGUCAGCCCCGUGUUCUGGGGGAGCCCCAAGGACAUCCAGGAGGAAGUGUCUGCCGUGGAUGGAAGCUGGGCUGAGAGCGGGUUCGGUUGCUUCUCGCCCAAGGGGAGGUGA